AUGUCUCGUCCCCAGGUCAGCAUCGACCGUCUCACGCCUCGCCGUGCGACGGUCGAGCCGCGUGAGACAAUGAACUGCAAGUCCUGUCGCAAGCGCAAGCGGGGGCCCAAGACCGAUGUGCUAGAGGCCCUCUUGAAACGAGUGGACGGCCUCGAGAAGAGACUGCACGAUGAAAAGAAUCCCAUCUCGCCUACUUCUCCCGAUACCCCGGACGAACCUCCGAGUUUUCCCACCCGUCGCAACACCAUCGACACUUCUUUUAUUUACUCGGAGCGACCCGCGCCGGCCUCGCUGGCGCCAGCCGAUCCGUUCCCCAGACCGAGCGCCCCAGCCAAUAUUCAGCAAUCGCCGACGCAUCAUGGAAUUCUCUCCGAUGCGCUUUUGGACAUAUAUUUUGUGCGCUUGCACGGCAAGCCGUUUUACAUUUUGGACGAGGCGACUACACGACAGCGCCAUCAGCUAAACCAACUGCCAGCCUUUUUAGCCAUGGCGAUUUCGGCAAUGGCGUCAAGAUAUACUUCACCCAGCCAGGUGGAGCAGUCAGGUCGUACUGGACUUGACGCGGCGCUGCAGGCUAGGCGCCUGAUCGAUGUUGAUAAUCCCACGAUAGACGGCCUCCAGACGUUGGUGCUACUCUCCCAGGCUUUCUUUGCGUUCGGGCUUGGAAAGAAAGCCUACAUGACAUUCUCAAAUUGCGUUGCCAUGAUUGUCGCGCUGGAUCUGUACCGCGAAGCCCCCUCAAAAAUGAACAUUGCGCCCGUCGAGCGUGAAAUGAGACGCCGGCUGUUCUGGUCUGUCUACUUGAUGGAUCGGUUCAUCAACUGCGGAUCCCGACGUCCAUGCCUAAUUUCGGACCACUCGGUGGUCCUGCGCUUACCGUCAUGGUCACCCCAUGCAGCUGGUCUGAACAUGGAAGGCGAGCUGUUCCAUGUCGGGCCUAAUAUUCAAUACUCGGCGGACUCUCGCCGUAAGUCGCCAAGCGCGGCCUCUUUGUUGAUUGACAUCACAAGGAUUCUCGGGGUGACCAAUAAAUACCUUGCUGCCGGGGGAGUCAAGGGUGAUUCCCAUUUCCCCUGGCACGCACUUUCUAAUCUUUCCAAAAUCCGACAGGAGCUGGACAUCUGGGCGGCCGGUACGCAAGAUGUGUUCGCGUCGAUAGAUGCGUUAUUUGGCCACCCGGAGAGCACGACUCUUUUGCUGAGCAAGCUGAUCUACCAUUUGGUGCAUUGCUUGAUCUACCGUCCAUUCUUACCAAUUGAUUUGGUAGAGUUGCGCGGGACCGGCCAGCAUCAGUCGUGGCAGAUUGAGGCUACUAAUUUGUGUUUCUCACACUCUAAUGCCAUCGCUGAGCUGGUUGAACUAGGGCGCAACUCGCCACUAGUUGAGUGGCCUGCUUUUGUCGGCUAUUGCGUGUGCACUGCUGGUACCGUGCAUGUUCAUGGCGUGCAUUACAAGGGCCGCGAGGGAGAGGUCUUCUCUUCCAGUGCGGAAUUCCUCACCCGGGAAAUGCACCAGCUCGCGUGGCUUCGAGGCAUUUGGACGGGUGUGCAACACCAGCGUGAGCUGCUUCAAACAAUCUACACCUGUCACUCCGAGCUUGUGCGCAAUCUGGCUAGCAGUCCCAUGCGCUUCUCGCCGGUGUUCCACCUCGAGGACUUCCUCGACCGAUACCCCGGCUUGACUUUGGACGGAUCGCAUGUGCGGCUAGUAGACACUGGAGAUGACUCGAACCAGGGCGCAAACCUCAUCGACCGCCAAGAUCACUACUAUCAACGCCAAGUGGCAGCACCUUCUUAUCAAACCCCGUCAUCCUACUACUCAAGCACACGAGCAGCACCUUCAACGCCAAUGGCACCGGUCCAGAGUCCGGAUACCGACCGUCGUCGCCAGUCAAUAUCUCAAAAACCCCCCUCCCUCUCUCCGAGUCUCCAGUUCCAGGCUCAACAAUCCCCACUCCCGUCCAUAUUCUCUCUUCAGACGGGAGAUCUUUCGGAACAUAAUCUCAACCUCCCCACUGGGUUUUCUCCCUCAGCCUUUGGUCUCUCCCCACCCGGGUUCCUUGCCGAGGCAUCUCUAAACAUAGCCCCCACGCCCCCCUCAAACCCCCAAUACGCUACAUUCCCCUUCGACGCUGCUCACGCCAAUUUCAAUGGCAUGACGCAAGGCCCCACUGCUCUUACUCCAGGCGCUCAGUCCCAGACUAGUGGCACUCACACCACCAACGGCAGCGAGGGCGGAUCUCUUGAGAAAGAUCCCUUCCUCAGUUUGUUGGAACAGCUGGCCGAGAACGAGCAUUCUCAAGGUGGUCCCAGUGAGCUGGACUUCUUCUUGACGGGCACCAAUGUUGACGAGGAGAAAGAAGCCACUUCAUAG